CUCAAUCCAUCAAUCGACCUCAAAUGCAUCAACCCUGCCCACUAUCUCCCCCACACAACACUCAUCCCCGCCACCACCUCCGCGUGUUGCCUCCCAAAACCGACCAAGCCCCCGCACAAUCGGAUGAUCGGCCGUAAGGGCCGACUUGCGCACCCACGAUGCAAACGGGGCUCCUUGCUGCUGGGUGAAGGCCUGCUUGGCUCUCUGGUAGUCGGGUGCCUGGUCCUUGAGGGCGAUAUAGGUGACGGGGGAGGGAGAGGGGGAGGGGGGGUUGAGUCUGCGUCGCUUGUCUUGAUGGCAGGGGGCUGGUGAGGCGUCGGUCGGCUGCUGAUGCAUGAGGGAACGCGCUGCCCUCGCCAUGCUGGCCUUGCUCAGAGACGACACCUGAGUACACACAUGGGCAGACACAUCGCACACGGGAUUUCUGCAAACGCCACGAUUAGUUCCAAACGUAUCACAUACGUACGUACCAGGUGCGAUCCGUCCUUUGGACCCUUCUUGCGGCUGCCCUGCAGCGUCCCCUCAGCACCAAUCACCACCUCGCUCACUGGGCUGCCUCCCUGAUGUGGCAAGGGCGCCCGCCACACGAUGGACAGACCUGACGUGGCCACGUCGCCAUGCAAAGCACGCUCCAUCGCUGCCUGACUCCUGCAACCACUCACAGACACACAGAGAAUAGAUCGUCUCAGGCGUGUGUCUUGUCGCCUGUCUCGCCAAUGGGCACCUUUCAUACUCCACACAUGUCCGCUGCACCCUAAUCAUCUGUCCACCGUGCCCCCCUCCCCGCCUCACGAGCGCCUCAACCACCACGACCUCGUCAAACAGCUCCCCUCCGAUGGUUAGUGAGGCCAUGUGGAUGGAGUGGGCCAGGAAUAGGGAUGGCAGGGCGCCCUGCCAGCCGAUGGAAUUCCAUCUGCAGAGCUUGUCGGAGCAGCUGAUGGACAGGGUGCGGCGGGCGGGGGGUAGGUCGCUUCGGCCUGGUUUGAAUCGCAGGAUCCCUCGGCGAUGGAAGGCGUCACCCUUACCCUUCUGAUGACCACACACAAAAGACAAGACAACCAACGCAAUCAAUCAAAUCACCCGGUCCACCACCCCUUUCUCCCUCUGUGUGCCUUCAUUCCCUACUCACAGGAUCAUCCUCAUGCGCACACACCGCCUUCGCGCCCGUCCUAUUAAAGUCAUCAACAGCAGCACCAGCAUCAGCAGCAUCACUGCCGUUGCUCUUGUUCUUCUUCCGGGCCAGCGAGCCCGUCACCGAGCGGAUUGGCACCAUGGCGGCCUCGCCACACGGCAGCUGCGACACGUAGAAGUGCAGACGCAGGUCGCUCCGAAUGGCGUAUAGGCCGUCGGGCUGGCGAGUGAGCAGCAGCGAGGGAGGGGAGGGAGGGAAGUCAGUGUCAUCACCCGUCGAGGAGGAGGAACCCAUGUGAAAGGCCAAUUCAUCCAGAAGCCGCCUGCCGACACCAAGCACGGUGAAUGAAUCGUCUGUCUUUGUCUGUCUGUCUGUCUGUCUGUCUGUCUUUGUUUGCUUGUUUGCUGACUGAACUGAACUGACCUCUUGAGAGCCCUUCUGGCCAGCACCUCUGCGUGGCAGUCGUGCAGCUUGGUGCCCUGUACGUCCAACUUGCCCACACCGACGCACCGAGAGCCCGUUGCCAAAGUGACCACUGAAAGAGCCGAUGAAGGCGUGUGCUCCGCCACAAUCGCCGCGAGGACCGUCCACUCUUUGCCUGACAUUCAUGAGGACCACACGACAGCAGAGCAUGACAUGAAUCACAGACUCACAAACAAAGAUCUGUGUGUGAGUGCCAUACAUAAUGAUUAGCUCGUGCGUGCAGUGCAGUACAUGCCUUGUGGUUUGCCCCGUCCGGGCAGCUUCUUCAAUUGGUCCACCACUGUGCUGGCGAUGGCAUCUGGGUCGGCACCCAUCAAACUCGUCAGAUCUGCGCUUGUCUAAAUCAAGACUGCCUUGCUGAUUCAUACUGAUUCAUCGCCGGGAGGAGAGGCUGCGGGGAGGCAGGACUGGU